UCAUUGGAAGCACUUCCUCCAUCAGUUUGGUCAUGUUUACGUCACUUCCCAGAUUCCUUUGCAGACGAAGAUGGCGGCCGUGGAAGACAGAGUGGAUGCAGGUGUUGGAGCGCUGGAGUGUGGAUCUAUUUCCCCGCGAUUAUCCACUCCGCCCCCGGACCACGCUCACCAGAACAACCCGCUCCUGGGGCUCCCUAUCGUGGUCAUCGACACCAUUCUAAAUUGCCUCACUUACGAUGAAAUCAGUUUUCUCCGCCUGGUGUGUAAGCGGAUGGACGUGAUCUGCCAGCGAAUGCUAAACCAAGGGUUCCUGAGGGUGGAGCGGUACCACAGCCUGUGCCAGAAACAGGUCAAAGCACAGCUGCCCAGACGAGAAUCGGAGAGAAGAAACCACUCACUUGCACGCCAUGCAGACAUACUGGCAGCUGUGGAAACACGCCUUUCCUUGCUCAACAUGACAUUCAUGAAAUAUGUUGACUCUAACCUGUGCUGCUUUAUCCCUGGAAAGGUGAUAGAUGAAAUUUACCGGGUGUUGCGCUACGUGAACUCCACGCGGGCACCCCAGAGAGCUCACGAAGUCCUGCAGGAGCUGCGGGAUAUCUCCUCCAUGGCCAUGGAGUACUUUGACGAGAAGAUUGUCCCCAUCCUCAAAAAGAAGCUCCCUGGGGCUGACAUGUCAGGCCGGCUGAUUGGCUCUCCUCCAGUGCCAGGCCCCUCCUCCUCCCUGACCACGAUGUCGCUCUUGGCCAAGAACACACCAUCGCGGUCGGAGAUGACGAAGCUGCAGCAGCAGGUGAAAGUGAACGGGGCAGCGGUGACGGCGUUGCGGCGUGAGAUCUCGGAGCUGCGGAUCAAGCAGCUGGAGCAGCAGAAGCAGCUGCAGGACCAGGAGCAAAAGCUGCUGGAGCAGACCCAGGUGAUUGGAGAGCAGAAUGUACGACUGGCAGAGCUGGAGCGCAAACUGCGUGAACUGAUGGACAAUGCAGUGGGAGACAGCCCUCCUGGGACCAGCCCGGAGACACCCUGCAAGCGCAGCAGGAAGGCAGCGGACAGCCCCCGGCAAUCCAAACGCCUAAGGAGCAAAAAAUAAAAGGGGGGGAAGGUUCCACGGCAAGGCAGUAGCCAGCCACCCCUCCACACACACACACACACACACACACACACACACACACACCCUUUUCCACCUUCCUCGACCACUCCAACACUCUCUAGGUUUUGCCCGGCCACCCGGGGAUUGGGACUGCUAGCCUACUAUAUAUAUUUUAAAGUGGCACUAUGCCCUGAAUGGGCAAUCCUGCACAUUAAAAGGAAAAGGGUGAAGUCCUGCUGAAUGAAUUUAAAUUGCUAUCCAAAGAAAGUUCUGCUAGCUAGUGAAAGCCUUGUAAAGGUUUCUUUGGGAGGUUUUAAAACGGCAGAAGUGUCCCACAGUAAUUUGGAUUUGGUGGUUUGGCAUCGUACUGCAGGUAACUGUGUAGAAAGGUGGAAUGUUUAGGUUCUACUCAUGGAUUUUCUUGGUUGGCAGAACAGUUAGCUGCAAAACAAAUGUGUUUUUUGUAAUUGCUUUUUUGUUGUUGCUUUUUUAAAGGAGUUUAAUGUAAUUUUCUAUAGAGAAGUGGCUCUAGUAGAUGAGGGCAUUUUAAUGAAUGCUCCGAAAUCAGCAAUUUGAAUUGAAUUAAGCAAACUACUGAAUGGGGAAUCCCUAUUAAUUUGUUAGCUGACUUUUUUUUAAACAUAUUCAAACUUUAAUUUCAACAGAAUCUAGCAAAAGCUUUCUUUUUUUUUGCUAGUUCAUCAAAUGCAUAUUUGCGUCAGAUUGUAAUGGAGAAGUUAUAUCAAAGGAAAUAAGACAGUGGUGAAGACAAUGACAGAUGCAACAUAUCUAUCCUGAAAAACAAAACAAAAACAAUAUUUAUUCUGUAUAUUAAGGCAGAACAUAUUUAUUGGUUAGAAGCCUCCUCUGUUGUCUCCAUAAAACCUGCAUCAAUUAGAAGAACUCUAUUCUGUAAUCUCAAACUAUCUCAUGUCUAUAGUAACCCAGCCUGUGUCCCAUACCCUGUUGCCUUGUAGUUUUACUGGAAGCAUAUAUAUAUAUAUAUAUAUAUAUAUAUAUAUAUAUAUAUAUAUAUAUAUAUAUAUAUAUAUAUAUAUAUAUAUAUAUAUUACACACACACUUGGGGCUCCAGUUAUACUUCUGUAUGCAGGGCAUUGUCAUAACAAUCGGAGUGUUCACAGGCUCUAAAAUGACACCCAUAAGUACCAAGCAGAUACCAAAGCUUUUUUUUUUUUUUUUAUCCACCCAUUCUGGAUCAUUCGAUUAGCGCUCUUUUUUCUUUUUUUUCUUUUUUGAGGAUUGUCAGAUUUUUGUAACCCAUACUUUGAUCUAAAAGUGGACUUGCAGUUGUGCCUCUACAAAGCUGUUUAGUGUGGUAGUGGUUGGUCAUACAUUAACCAUGCAUGUUAACGUGCAGAGCCAGAGGCUGCAGGCCAUGUUCUCCAAUAUCAUUACAAUACAAAUGAUAACUGAUUGAAAAAAAAAAAAAAAACAGAGCGCUGUGCUGAAAAUGAAUCUGGUGAUACAAUGUUAAUGUAGGGGCAGAUCGGCAUUCGUGAAACGGUACUGACUUGAGUUUGCAAGUCAUGCCUAUAAUCCAUGUAGUCUUUAUUCUGGGAUUAUUUAGAAGUAUUGGCUGUGGUCAUACUGUGGCUCUCUUGUUUACUCUGGUUUUAAGAUGGUAAAUGUUAUUAUCCAGCGUUGUAAAGAAAUUAACCCGUCUUGUGUUGAAAUCCUUUUUAUAAAGCCUUUUUUUAAUUUAAUUAUUUUUUUUAUAAAGGCUGUGUCCAAUUUUCAGUUAAUGCAGCUUGUAAGACAUGUGAGGGAGUAGAGCAGCUGCACAUUCAACCAAAUCUAUUGCCCAUCAGUGCCUGCUCCUGCUUUCAGCCCCUGCCCAUCAGUGCCUGCUCCUGCUUUCAGCCCCUGCCCAUCACUGCCUGCUCCUGCUUUCAGCCCCUGUCCAUCUAGCCAGUGAAAAUACUUCAGCUCACAGUUGCCCUCUUUUUAAGGUAUUCUUUUUUUAAUUGCAUACAUUUUUUGUUUUUAUGUACUCCUUUUUUAAGCUGUCCUGCAGCGUUGCUGUUACCAAGCUCUUCUAACCUGUAUACAAUUACCCCUGAGCCAAACAACAAGCAAGCAGCUUGCUUUAAUUGUUUGGAGGGCAAUAUGAGAUGGGAAAUCUGAAAUUCUCCAAAGGCAAAUCACAAUCCACAGAAUUCUAUUUUCAUUUAUUUGUUUUAGGAGAAGAAAAAUAUGUUCUUGAGUUGUUAUGUGAAUUGCCCAAGGAGAAUUGUCAGAAUUCCCUAAAAAUCAAAUUUUGGCCUUCAUCGUAUCUGUGUUCUCAAGUUUGUCUGUUCUCCAAACUGAUAAGCCACCCCAGGUUCAACACUGCUAUGAUCCCACCUGCUAUUCUGUUCUUUUUUUUGUCUGUAACCAAAGUCAUUACCAAAUAAAAUGAAUGACCAGUUUUAAUGAUCAGAACUGAAAACGGGUUGAUACACUUCCACGCUUUUCUUUUGGGUAGCAUCUGAUGUACUUUUAGUUUGAGCCUUUUCUGGCAACAGUUGUGGUGGGUUGGAUUUAAAUGUUUAAAUGGUUCAGUGAGAUUGAAUAGUGCAACCUAUUAUGUAGAGAUGUCCAAAAAAAUGUAUUUAAUUAAGCAUUGCAAUUUAUUAAGUUAUGAGCAACUACUAUUGAAUUAAUUGGCUGCCAGAUCAAUGUGUGUUCCAAGUAAAAUCCCAGUUAGAAAGGUGAACUGUAACCACCCUUUUUUGUAUUUUUUAUUUUUUGCACAAUAAUUAUCUGGUACUCUACAUACAUCCAUCCCAUUUAGAUUGUAAACUUCUUUAGUAAGAGCAGUCAGACUUUGUACCCUAUUUUUUGUUUAAGGAAACCCCUGUUGUCUUACCAAACACCCUAAUCAGAAACAGGAAUAGAUAGUGUUCAUAGAUUCUGCUUGUUAUAACUGAAUUCAGGAACAGUCACAGUUGGAAGAAUAGUUAUUUCAGUGACUGCAAGUCAUUUCUUCCUUUUUAAUUGUGGCAUGUUGGUAAUUGCAGUAACCAGUGAUAGCUGUAAGAGGACAAUAUGUACACACACAUGUAAAGUGUGGCUGAACACAGGGAAACUAGAGCUUGUGGCUUAUAAGAGACUGUGUCUCCUGUUUAGAAAUGACUGUACUGUAAUCUAUAUGUAUUCAGAGUUUAGAUUGUGAAAUAUUACAUGUAUGUAAGAAAGAAGAAAAAAAAUCUUGUAAAUUACCUAAUGUUCUGGUUUGUUGCACACAUUGUAAAAUGCAUUACAAUAUUAAAAGA